GUUUUACUAUUAAAUUGUUUGUUAUUUAAAUCGUUGAGAAAAAUUGUGUUCAAAUUAACACCAAAUUCAAUCAGAUCUCUCACAUCUGAAUUCAUAUCCACAUUAGAGUUGUGCAGUGAUUGCGCGGAAUUGGGAGUUGUUUGGGAAAUACAUGGAAAUAUUGGUCUCGGAGUGACACUAUUCUUACUGUGCAUUUGGUUUGCCGAUGUGUUUGAAGACGCCGAGGCCUGUCCUUGCGGUCCCGUUGAGGACUGUUUACUUAAGGGACAGUCAUUCACAUCAAAGCAUAUAUUUCAAAAACUUUUGGGUCAAUUGUUAGCCGCUAUCGUCACCGAUAAAUAUACAAAAUGCAUUUGGUGUUGGCAUCUAAUGGCCCAACACUCACACCUUCAUGUGUCCAGAUGUGAGGCCGCACUUCAGGUGCCGAUUCUGUACGGAAUGGCUAUCGAAGGAUUUAUUACAUUUGUUAGCCGUUUAAUAGCGUUAGAGUCGUCUAAUUGGAGUCAAAAAGUGGCAGUUUAUGCCAAUUCUAGACCGACGAUGAGCUCAUCUCACGGCCGCUCCAAUGGCCAGCCCUUGUCUUUACCCCCGCGUUGGCUGAAGUGUCCGCGAAAGGGAGAUCUCAUCGCUGACAAAUUCAUACCAUUUAAGACACCAUUGGAUGACAAAUACAAGUCACAGAUACCGGCGACCGAUUUAUUCACGCCUCGAAUGCUUAUAUCCCUCAUCUCUAACUACAAAGUCAAAUUAGGUCUUUGGAUAGACUUGACAUUUACGGGACGUUUCUAUGAUAAGGCACUCGUCGAGCAAACGGACGUCAAUUACUGCAAAUUCCAGUGUAAAGGACACGACGAGUGUCCGACCGAAGAACAGACGCAACUGUUUGUCAACUGUUGCUAUAACUAUAUCGCAAAGAAUCCGUUGCACGUGAUUGGCGUCCACUGCACCCACGGCUUCAAUCGCACGGGUUUUCUAAUCAGCGCUUUUCUCAUUGAGAAACACGACUGGAGUGUUGAGGCGGCCGUCAGUGCGUUCGCCAGAGCGCGACCGCCCGGCAUAUACAAGGAGUCAUAUCUGCGCGAACUGUUCCGCCGGUACGGCGAUGUGGAGGACACACCGCCCGCUCCACCGCUGCCCGACUGGUGCUCCGAAUCGGACGACACCGACGACGACGGGAACGCCAUUAAUAAACACAAUAACAAUAAUAACGCAAACAAUUCUCAAUCAAAUAAUUACAAGAAUCAAAGGAAGACAUUUAUGGAGGGCGUGGAAGGCGUCACUAUAUUGGCCGACAUGAAUAUCGCGCGCGCUAUUCAGCAAACGUGUCAACACUUGUGCCACUUUAAAAGGGGAGGGUUUCCCGGCUCUCAGCCGGUGUCGAUGGAUAUGCAUAAUCUGGGUUUACUGUCCACUCGUGAAUAUAUGGUGAGCUGGAAAGCCGACGGAACCCGUUAUAUGCUUUACAUUAAGGACGAGAAGGAAAGCUAUUUCAUCGAUCGCGACAACACUCUCUUCAAGAUCUCUGGCGUCAAGUUCUUUAAGCGCAAGGAAUUUCCCAACCAUUUGGUGAACACACUAUUGGAUGGAGAGAUGAUUGUGGAUGAAGUGAAGGGCCAGAAGAUCGCCCGAUAUCUCAUAUACGAUAUCAUCUCAUUCGAGGGCCAAGAAGUGGGCGGAACCGACUUCAGGCGUCGUAUGCUGUGUAUCGAGAAGGAAGUGAUUGGUCCGCGCGAGAGGGCAAAGGUUGAGGGUGUGAUCGAUAGGACUAAAGAGCCGUUUGGUGUUCGUAAAAAGGAUUUCUGGGAACUUCGCGACACGUAUAAGAUAUUCGAAGAGAAAUUCACACGGAAUCUGAGCCACGAGAUCGAUGGCCUCAUCUUCCAACCCGUGCCCGACUCAUACAUUCCCGGACAAUGCGAUCUAACACUCAAAUGGAAACCUCCGUCACUUAAUUCGGUGGACUUCCGACUGAAGAUCAUUUUGGACGACAGGCCGGGAAUGUUGAGGAAACUGAUGGGAAACCUAUACGUGGGAGGACUCGACCUCCCGUUCGCUACCAUGAAAGUGACGAAAGACCUGAAACAAUAUGACAAUAAGAUUGUUGAAUGUAAUUUCGAUGUCGCGAUCCAACAGUGGGUAUUCAUGAGAGAGCGAACCGACAAGUCUUUCCCCAAUAGUCACCGAACGGCGACUUCCGUGUGUCAGUCGAUGUUAAGGCCGAUCACUAAAGAAGUAUUAUUUGAUUACAUCGAUCGCAACGCCGUUAGAGGCUCUAAGCGUGACUUUAACGACCACUCGGGGAAUAGUGGUAAUAGUGCCGAACGGACACUAAUGCCGCCACCGAUGAAAGCGCCCAGAAAAUGACCAUAACGUGUAAUUUAUUAAUUUAAGCCAAAAUUAGUUUAUAAUUUGUAAACAUUGAUUAUAAAUUAAUUUGCGAUUUAGUAUAAUUUAAUAAAACAUAUGAUUUUCAUUUUUUAUUUUUAAAAAUAUA